GUUUUAUGUCCUCGUCCAAGUGGAAGCUGUUGCUCUCAACUGUAGUAACUGCCAAGAUCGAAAUUUUAGACGGCUGUCACAGUCACUAUAUCCCAUUGAGAUAUUAUAGGUGAUUAAAUCACCUUCAUAAAGUGGUUUUGCUGUAUUUAUUAUUCCUGGAGCUGUUCUUGUCUGGGUGUGACAUUGAUAUCGUGCGCAGUAAAAUGUUCUGAGUUAAAUCAACCGUUACAGCGUACAUGUGUUCCUUAUUGGACUCAUAUUAACUCGGUGUACAGUUUAAUUAUUAUUAGUUAUUUUAUUGUGCGGACCAAGGAGGUUUGUGCGGACACGUAAAUAUCUUACGAAAUGCAUACUUUCAGUCAGACCAAUAGAAAUCACCGCAGAUUUUUUUUUUUUCAUAAAAUAUUCUUUCCGCGCAACAAGUAAAACUUGAUCGGCAAUAUGAUAACCAUUCGAAUUUUUUAAUUAAUUUAUUUGAGAAGGCAAUUUGGAGUCUGACUUCGAGACCGCAUUUACUGAGUGGCAGUAAUCUCCGGUUAUUAAUGAAACCGCGGUGUUCCGCACAAUUUGGAGCUUUUUAUUUUUCCUCAUAUUUCUGUGAAAGUGACAUCAUGAUUCUGGAGAGGUGGGCAGCUAUUAUGCUAAUGAGGGGAGGGCUUGAUUAGACACUGUCUCGCCGCUGCAGAGCAACGGUACACAGACACGAGCGCGCGGGAGAGAGAGGCGAUCAUCGAAGCGCUUUGGUGUCAUUUGUGACCUUUUUUGUGCAGUUAUCCAUUUAAUCAGCAAGGAAAGGGGUCGACAAAGACGCCUUUUGCCGGUUCCAACGCGCAGAGAGUAUGCCGCAGUGUCAUUCCCCCCUGCCUGUGCGGCUGUGAACGCCAUCGCUUGCACCAAUGGUAUUUAUUAUUGGAAUGCAUUUCGACGCGCAGAGCGUCAAACCCGGCUCCGCGGAUGGGAUGUUCGACGCCAGCGCUUGGCGGAUACGCAGCAUCUGGGACGCUGUGAAGCUUGAGGUAGCGGGGGACACCAGUCCAGUCGUGCUGAACAGCGUCACGCAGCUGGACCCGGACCUUCCCCAUUCAGAGAGCUCGACGCAGGAGAUCGGCGAGGAGGUGGAGGAGGGGGCGGUCUACACCAUCACCCUGCGCCGGGUGCAGCUGCACCGCUACGCGGCGGCCAGCAAGGGGCAGCGCUGGCUGGGGGCGGAGUCGGACUCCGCCCUCAGCCUGUACGAGACCUGCAAGGUGCGCACCAUCAAGGCGGGGACGCUGGAGAAGCUGGUGGAGUACAUGCUGUCCGCCUUCCGCGGGAACGACUCCACCUACGUCACCAUCUUCCUCUGCACCUACCGCUCCUUCGCCACCACCAAGCAGGUGCUGGACCUGCUGCUCAACAGGUAUGCCAAGCUGCAGCACCUGUCCAGCACUGAGGGCCCCAGACUAACACACGAUGAUCGCACUGAGCUGAAGAAUGCGAUCUCGUCCAUCCUGGGGGCGUGGCUGGAUCAGUACUCCGAGGACUUCUGGAAGCCUCCGGAGUACAGCUGCCUGCGGAGGCUCAUCGCCUACCUGCACCAGAACUUCCCCGGGUCGGACCUGGAGCGCCGAGCCUGCAACCUGCUGGCCCAGUUCCACCUGCGGCACCACCACCUGGAGCGGGAGGCACUGGACCAUGCCCCCUGCCCCUUUGCCAUGCCAGAGGAGAACGGGUUUGAGGAUGACCGGCCGGACUUCCUGGCCUUCGAUCCCACCCUGGUGGCCGAGCAGUUAACCCUCAUGGACGCGGAGCUGUUUAAGAAGGUGGUCCCGUACCACUGCCUGGGCAACAUCUGGUCUCAGCGGGACAAGAAGGGGAAGGAGCACCUGGCGCCCACCGUGCGGGCCACCGUGGCCCAAUUCAACUGCGUCACCAACUGCGUCAUCGCCACCUGCCUGAGCGACCGCGCACUGAAGCCCGCGCAGCGCGCCAAGCUGCUGGAGCGCUGGAUCGAGGUGGCCAGGGAGUGUAGAAUCCUGAAGAACUUCUCCUCGCUGCGCUCCAUCCUCUCAGCCCUGCAGUGCAACCCUGUGCACAGACUGAAGAGGACCUGGGACGAGGUGUCCAGGGAGAACCUGCGCAUCUUCCAGGAGCUGUCCGAGAUCUUCUCCGACGAGAACAACCACUCCCUGAGCCGUGAGCUGCUCAUCAAGGAGGGGACCUCGAAAUUUGCAACGCUGGAGAUCAACCCUAAACGGGCACAGAAGAGACACCAGCAGAGAGACUUGAGUGUGAUGCAGGGGACCAUCCCCUACCUGGGUACCUUCCUGACUGACCUGGUGAUGAUGGACACCGCCAUGAAGGACUACCUGGACGUGGGGCUGAUCAAUUUUGAGAAGAGGAGAAAGGAGUUUGAGGUUAUCGCUCAGAUCAAACUGCUGCAGCUGGCCUGUAACAACUACAACUUCACCAGGAACACACACUUCAGGGCGUGGCUGUCUGCUGUGGAGAAACUCACAGAGGCAGAGAGCUACAGCCAGUCAUGUGACAUCGAACCUCUUUCGGAGUCGGCCAGUAACACUCUGAAGGCCAAGAAGAACACAGGCAUCAUAAAACGCUGGAGCGACCGGCAGCCUGCAGCGGAGGCCGGGAGCAGCAGCAGCGUGGGCAGUUCUCACUCAAAGUCGUUUGACCAGCUGCGCUGUGGCCUCCUGCUGAGCGGUUUGGGGAGCACGGGGGGCGGGGACAGCGCCGACUCGCUGAGCGUCACCUCGGCCGGCUCCAGCAGCUCCGACGUGGAGGACGUCAACGUCACCUUCGUCUCCGACUCCCCGGACGCGCACGACAAAAAGACGUCUACGCCGACAGUAAAACAUUCCAAUUCCGCCUUAGGGAAAGGAGGACCAGAACAAGACCUCGCCCCCACGUUCUGGGAUUCCACCUCGCUGUUGUCGCUGGACGUGGCUGGGUUGGGUUCGGGUUCAAGCAGCGCGUCGUCCUCCUCUGUCAGUUCCAGCCCUGGCCCCGCCCCUGGCUCCGCCUCUGGUGCCGCCUCCCGCUCACACAAGCGCUCGGUUUCGGGCGUGUCCAGCUACUCCUCCCUCUCCCUCCCCCUCUACAACCAGCAGGUGGACGACUGCUGCAUCAUCAGAGUCAGCCUGGACGUGGACAACGGGAACAUGUACAAAAGCAUACUGGUUACCAGCCAAGACAAGACGCCGGCGGUGAUUCGGAAGGCGAUGGUCAAACACAACCUGGACCGGGAGCGGCCCGAGGAUUACGAGCUCCUGCAGCGCAUCUCGGAGGAGAAAGAGCUGAAGAUCCCUGACAAUGCCAACGUCUUCUACGCCAUGAACUCCUCGGCCAACUACGACUUUGUGCUGAAGAGGCGGGGCUUCCCCAAGGCGGAGCGCCCCAAGCACGUGGCCAGCUCCACCCUCCCACGCAUGAAACAGAAGGGCCUCAAAAUUGCCAAGGGCAUCUUCUGAGGGGGGCACCCCCAGUCGGAGUCCCGCCCACCCGGAGCCCCCUCUGGGACUCCACCCACCCUGUUGCAGCCAUGGCCAGACAUGCCCCGCCCUCUCGCUAGUCAGGCCCCGCCCUCUCACCGAGUAGACGGGCAGGCCUGUAGGAGACUGUUGGGCAGUGACUAUGGAGCAAAGACAGACUGACAGACAGACAGACAGACAGACAGACAUACAGACUGACAGACUGGGGGAAUGGCAGGACUACCCCCUUAUGAGGUCAGACAGGCUCUGUGCUUCUUUGCUGCUGUGCAGAUGGAGAGGUAAACUUCACACCCCCAAACCCCCCCUCCCCACCAACCCCGCCGCCUCACCCAAAAGGCUGCCACUUCCUGAGAGAGCAUGCUGCUACUUCUUCCUGUCAGUGCAGGCUGUCAUUUCCAGUGAGAAUAUUUCCUGUGAGUGCAGGCAGCCACUUCCUGUGAGUGCAGCCGGCCACUUCCUGUGAAUGCAGGCAGCUGCUUCCUGUGAGUGCAGCCAGCCACUUCCUGUGAGUGCAGCCGGCCACUUCCUGUGAGUGCAGGCAGCCGCUUCCUGUGAGUGUAGGCAGCCUCUUCCUGUGAGUGCAGCCAAUCACUUCCUGUGAGUGCAGCUGGCCACUUCCUGUGAGUGCAGGCAGCUGCUUCCUGUGAGUGCAGCCAGCCACUUCGUGUCUACCACAGACAGCCAUUCCUGGCCACUGACGCCUGGGUCGAACUGAAGGGUUGUGAUUUCUUUGACCAAUAGAGCCAAACAGCUCGGUUCUCAUCUUGUAAUACUGUCGUUGGAUUCCUCACUGAAUGUGUAUCAAUGUCAUCUUGCAGUCAGAUUAGGGUGCAGACUGUAACCUUGAGAACGAGGAAGGGGGAGCACCACAAGUGAUGCACAACCUAGUGCACCAAACAAUGCAUUCCCCCUCCACAGGGCUACAUUUAGCCCUAGUUUCGCAGGAUGCUCCAAGAUGGCCUAUAGGCAUAUGGCCUACAUACCUUUUAGCUUUUGUACAAGCACAUUACAUAACACUAAGUUUUUUUGUUUUUUUUUGGUAAUAUCAGAGCUUGUGCCUGACCUGGAGGCAGAGCGAACAGCCAUUCAGGCAGCCAAAAAGAAAUUACCCGAGCCAUUCUGUCCAAGUAGCCAACAGAAAGAAGAGGAGUCAUUCACCCCAAAAACCAUGAGAAGGUCAGGACUGACCAGGGCUCGUCACAUGAUUAGACUUCCUGCACAGUGGUCACAUGACUGGUCCCCCCUGUAGAAGUCACAUGACCAGCCUUCCAGCGUAGCGUUAUUUUUUCCUACCCGGUAUUCUUUAUGCAUUUCACACUGUGCAGGUGUCAGGCAUGCCCUGUGACUUUUUUGAAAGAAAUGGGCCAAGUUCUUGUUUUCAUUUGCUGCUCUCAUUAGUUUGUAGCUGUUUUUUUACAGUUCUACCACAAAACUUCUUUGAAGCAUUUUACAAGGUUAGGUUUUUAUGAUUGUACAGGUACUGAGGCAUUUAAUUGCAACAUUCCCUAAGUUUUCAAAGUU